CCUAAUCCUCAUCCCACACCUCACACUUCACUCUUCACUCUUCACUCUUCACUUCUUCAGCAGUCUUCACACCUCACGCCAAACCCUCACACUCAACACUGCAAAACCUCAAACAAAUGGCAUCGCACAAUCACGACGACCACCAUCACGCACAUGAUCACGAUCACGAUCAUCAUCACCAUCACGAUCACGAUCAUCAUCAUGCGAACGGGAAAUCAAAUGGAGACUCAUCAUUUGUGGGGAAAGACGGGAAGGUGUACCAUAGCCACGAUGGUCUCGCACCACAUUCACACGAACCAAUUUACUCACCUGGAUUCUUUAACAGAAGAGCACCUCCACUUGUUACAAGGGAUUUCAAAGAAAGAGCUUUCACCAUUGGCAUCGGUGGCCCUGUUGGAACUGGGAAAACAGCUUUGAUGUUGGCAUUAUGUAGAUUUUUGCGUGACAAAUACAGUCUUGCUGCGGUCACAAAUGAUAUAUUCACAAAAGAAGAUGGUGAAUUUUUGGUGAAAAAUGGAGCACUCCCUGAGGAAAGGAUAAGAGCUGUGGAGACAGGUGGUUGUCCACAUGCUGCCAUUAGAGAAGACAUCAGCAUUAAUCUUGGACCUCUUGAGGAGCUUUCUAAUUUAUACAAAGCAGAUAUACUUCUUUGUGAAUCUGGUGGAGAUAAUUUAGCUGCUAAUUUCAGUAGGGAACUGGCGGAUUAUAUAAUUUAUAUAAUUGAUGUUUCUGGAGGCGAUAAAAUUCCUAGGAAAGGAGGCCCAGGCAUUACACAAGCUGAUCUUCUUGUUAUAAAUAAGACGGAUCUUGCACAAGCAGUUGGGGCUGAUUUGGGAGUCAUGGAGCGUGAUGCACUUCGAAUGAGAGAUGGUGGGCCAUUUGUAUUUGCUCAGGUGAAACAUGGGGUUGGUGUGGAAGAAAUAGUGCACAACAUUUUGCAAGCUUGGGAAGCGACAACAGGGACAAAGCGUCGCUAAUUAGUAUUCUAGUUUCUUUGAGGGUAGGGUUCAUGUGUGCUUUUAUUUUCUUUAAUGUUUCGUAGACUUUUGCGCUUUUUUUUUUUUUUUUUUUUUUUUUUUUUUUUUUUGACUCAUGUGGAUUUUACAUGAAAGACAAAGUUAUUAGUCAUUUGUAGAAGAUUUCCCUUACUUCAUAAUAUAUGUAUAUGGAGAGGGAUAAAACAUGUUAGUGUGCAUGGUAAAUAGAAUAAAAAGUAGCCAUCGAUUUCUAGCU